GAUCGUUUAUAUUUUGCUACUUUAAGGAAUAGACCAAAAAGCACAGUACAUAUCCACUAUUUCUCCAUCGAUGAGGAGCUGGUCUAUGAAAAUUUCUAUGCAGAUUUCGGACCUCUGAACUUGGCGAUGGUGUACAGAUACUGCUGUAAGCUGAACAAGAAACUGAAAUCAUACAGUUUAUCAAGAAAGAAAAUAGUGCAUUACACCUGCUUUGACCAGCGGAAAAGAGCAAACGCAGCAUUUUUGAUAGGUGCUUAUGCUGUCAUCUAUUUGAAGAAGACACCGGAAGAAGCCUACAGAGCGCUCCUGUCCGGCUCCAACCCCCCCUACCUUCCAUUCAGGGAUGCUUCCUUCGGAAACUGCACGUACAACCUCACCAUCCUCGACUGUUUGCAGGGGAUCAGAAAGGGAUUGCAGCACGGAUUUUUCGACUUUGAGACGUUCGACGUGGAUGAGUACGAACACUACGAGCGAGUUGAAAAUGGUGACUUCAACUGGAUCGUUCCGGGAAAAUUCUUAGCAUUUAGUGGACCACAUCCAAAAAGCAAAAUUGAAAACGGUUACCCCCUCCACGCCCCCGAAGCUUACUUCUCUUUACUUCAAAAAGCACAACGUGAGACCAUCGUGAAGCUAAACAAAAAGAGUCACCGAGGACCAGGCGCUUUCACGGACGCGGGCUUUCGAGCCUACCGACCUCCUUCCUUCAUCCACGGCAGCACGCCCUGCGACAACAUCGUGCAGCAGGUUCCUGGAACAUCUGCGAGAACACGGAGGGGGGCCAUCGCCGUCCACUGCAAAGCCGGCCUGGGCAGGACGGGGACGCUGAUCGCCUGCUACGUCAUGAAGCACUACAGGUUCACGCACGCCGAGGUCAUCUCCUGGAUCCGGAUAUGCCGGCCCGGCUCCAUCAUCGGGCCCCAGCAGCACUUCCUGGAAGAAAAACAAGCAUCGUUAUGGGUCCAAGGAGACCUUUUUCGAUCCAAAUUGAAAAAUAGACCGUCCAGCGAAGAAAGUAUUAAUAAAAUUCUUUCGAACUUGGAUGACAUGUCUAUUGGUGGAAACUUAUCCAAAAUACAGAACGUGGAGCGAUUUGGAGAGAACAACUUAGAAGAGGAUGAGGAUGUGGAAAUGAAAAACAGCAUAACCCAGGGAGACAAACUACGUGCCUUAAAGAGCCAGCGCCAGCCUCGCUCCUCGCCGCCCUGCGCGUUCAGGUUGGACGAUACGAAAGGGCACCCGAGGGCAGUGGUGUGCCAGCCUUUCAGACUGGCUUCUUCCUCACAAGGAUCUGCGUCUGCUCUGAAGAUCUGCAAAGUGGCUUCGUCCCCGUCCGCCACGGCCAAGCGGAUCUCCAGGGGCAGCUUGGCCUCGGGCGCCAGUGGGAGAAGCUUCUCCGUAAACUCCCGGCUGGCCAGCUCUCUGGGGAACCUGAGCGCGGCCACGGAGGACCCUGACAGCAGGAAGACCUCGCCCUGCAAGGUGGGCUUUGCCGCCAGCCCCUUCGCCAACCUCCUCAACGGCAGCUCCCAGGCGUCGUCCAGAAACUACCCCGAGCUCAACAACAACCAGUACAGCCGCAGCCCCCCGAGCAGCCAGCGGGGCCCCCCCAGCACCAAGACGGAGGAGCUGGGCCCCGGCCCCACCGCCCCCAGCCCCCGGGCCUCCUACACCGGCCUGUCCUCCUCCUCGGCCCGGUUCCUGAGCCGGUCCAUCCCCUCCCUUCAGUCUGAGUAUGUUCAUUACUAAGGCCCUGCCGUCGGGGACCGCUGCUCUUAGCGCCACCGCUGCACCGGGACCAGCGCCAGGACCGGCUGCGGCACACGGAUACCUCCGCCGUCCUCCCUCUGGUUAAAGCGACCUUCAGGGGACCCGGCCGCCGCCGGCCCAGACCACGCACAGGCACUGAGGCUGUGUGACCGACACUUCUGAAGACCGUUUUAACGCGGGCUCGGUGAUUUCGAAGGGUUAUUUUUCAUGUACCGCGGGAAUCCUUUCUUAUUACUUGUACCUGUACAGUGUCACAUGAUGUAUGUAUUGUGAACGUAAAAAGCCUAUUUUGAUAAAUUUAUAAAUAUUUACAAUGAUGGAAAAGCUA